AUGAAGCUGCUUGUUUGUUGUCUUCUAGCCGUCACCUGUUGUGUUUUGGUGGAUGCAGUCAAGGAUGAGAGAUCACUGAAGCUGACUGAAGUACUAAAGGAAUUAAAAGCGCUAAACAAAAGUGUGGAGCACAACAGCGUGAUGUUGAACACUCCUUCACUGGAUAUGGAGGAGUGCUGUUCCCUAUAUGCCUUGGAGUGCUUCCGGGCGAUGGUACCUCAUCUCACGGCCAGAAACAAGCAACUUCAGCAUAAAUUUGCCAAAAGCCUCAGGAACCCACUGAUUUCGACAAGUCUGGACUCCUGCAGUCUAGAGGAGAGAGAGAAAACAGUCUGCCAAGGAUGUGAUUCCUAUCCAAAGGACAGCCAGAAAUGGGUACAACAGUUGGAAUCUCUACUUCAAAAGGCCAUCAGUAGACUGGCGUGA